UACGAUAGUUCUCAUUAUGGUGGACCGAAACUGCAUCCAAAAGUUCAGUCUCUCCAAGGGUCUCGCAUGCUGAUUGGCGGUUCUGGUAUUGACCUCAGUAGCUGGAUAGUUUACACAGCGAGAAACUCCGAUCCCUACAACUAGGGUUGGAACAAUUGGGUCGUUGUCAAUACCCUUAUUCUCAAGGCGUUGCAGUCAUGUUGGGCAACGGGGUCUGCACCACGUGGUCCUGCGCGAGCGUGUUCGCGUGCGGCAAGUGGGCCAACGAACGACCGACUUUCUUCCCCCUCCAGUCCGCACCAUGUCCGAUAUUCCAACGCCCGACAAUGCCUUCUACGUCCUGGUCACGGGCGCCAACAGCGGUCUCGGCCUCGGAAUCGGUGCCCGCCUGAUCGACGAAUUUUUGCAAACCCGGCCCCAGGACGAAGCCCUCGUUCUUAUAAUCACAACACGCGACCAACGCAAGGGCGACGCGACAAUCAAGGCCUUGCAAGAGCAGCUGCGUAAAGCAUGUCACAAGGCAGAGAAGAAGCUACCGGGCGUGUCGCAGGUGCUGCAGCAACGCGUAUUCCUGCGGCAAGAGAGGCUUGACCUCCUGAGCCUGGUUUCUGUGCAGACGCUUGGCAAGAGGCUGCGCGACACGGUGCCGAAGCUCGACGUGGUCAUAUGCAAUGCGGGAAUAGGUGGAUGGACGGGAAUAGAUUGGCCGCUGGCCUUCAAGACAAUCCUCACAAGCUGGAAGACGAGCACGACGUGGCCAACCUUCAAGCUCUCCGCCGUGGGCUGGACCACAAAGCCGCAGCUCCCACCGGCAGCAGACGGUAGCAAGAGGGAAGAGCCACCCUUGGGCGAGGUCUUCUGCGCCAACUUCUUCGGACACUACCUGCUAGGCCACUACCUCGCACCGCUGCUAGCGAAACGAUCCCAGAGCGAGCACGCACCGGGCAGGCUGGUCUGGACGAGCAGUCUUGAGGCCUACGAGCACUCGUUCAACGUGGAGGACAUACAAUGCAUAACGCAGACAGAAGCAUAUGAGUCGUCGAAGCGACUGACCGAUCUUAUGGCGGUGACCUCCGUCCUGCCCUCAACCCAAACCCACGUCACCAAAUACCUUGACUACGAGCAACCCUCCGAAAAGACCAUCAGGCCCCGCAUUUACCUCUCCCACCCGGGCAUCACACACACGCCCAUCAUGCCGCUCUUCUUCGUCCUCGACUACGCAUGGAGACUGGUGUGCUACAUCAGCCGCUGGCUGGGCAGUCAAUGGCACGUUGUGACCGCGGAUAAGGGCGCCGUGGCCGCGGUCUGGCUGGCGCUUGCGAAGCAGAGCACGCUGGACACAAUGGAGCAGCGGGAGGGGGUGGGCAAGUGGGGCAGUGCGAUCGACGUGUGGGGCAAUGAGCGUGUGGAAAGGACGGAGAUCGAGGGCUGGGGAUGGGGCGGCAAGAUUGGGGAGGCACCACGCAAGUUCGGGCGCAGUCCGUACGCAAAGGCUUUGACACCGCAGUCGAAAGAGAAGUUUGUGCACGACGGGGAGCAGUGCUGGGCAGAGCUGGAGCGGAUGAGAGUGGACUGGGAGAGGCGGCUGGACGAGGCCGGCGUGGGGGUCCGCAUGGACUAGGCCGUGUCAUCUUAUGUCAUGUUGUCCGGUUUGUUUCAACCGCCGCGGGAUGGAUGCUCCAUACUACGUUCUACAAGUGGCACCGCAGUGGUCCUUUCCUUGUGACCACCAAAACCCGGGCACGGGAACCCUACGUCAGACCCAGCAGCUGGGGAUGCGGUGCGAUCGGCUGC